AUGGCAACACAAGCAGCUUAUGCGGUCGAAAAGGUCAUUGGCCAUCAGGAUGACUCCAUCACCGCUCAGGAUGUCACAAACUACAACAAGACAGGCGAUAGCGGCGAACUCAUGAAGGCACUCGUCUGGCAGGGCAAGAACAAGGUUGAGAUUCUUGAUGUUCCCAAGCCCAAGAUUCUUGAGGACAGUGAUGUCAUUCUCAAGGUUACCGGCAGCACUGUCUGCGGUAGCGACCUCCACCUUCUUCACGGCACGGUUGUGCAGAUGAACAAGGGAGACAUUCUCGGCCACGAGUUUUGCGGCAUCGUCGAUCAAGUCGGCUCCGCUGUCAAGAAUGUAAAGGUUGGCAGCCGCUACGUCGCGUCCUUCCAGAUUGCAUGUGGAAACUGCUUCUACUGCAAACAAAAGCUCUCUUCUCAGUGCGAGAGGACAAACUCCAACACAAUGGAGAAGUCCAUGUACGGUUCCCAGACCGCCGGCAUGUUUGGUUACUCCCACUUCACUGGUGGAUUUGCUGGUGGUCAGGCCGAGUACGUCCGCGUCCCUGUCGGAGACGUCAACUUGCUCGAGAUCCCCGAAGACGUACCGGAUGAGAAGGCCCUGUACCUCUCCGAUGUUCUCGCCACCUCUUACAACGCCGUCAAGGACACCGCAGUCUACCCUAACGACCAGGUAGCUAUCUGGGGAGCCGGCCCCAUCGGCCAAAUGGCGGGCGCUUUCGCCCUUGGCGAAGGCGCGUCCAAGGUCAUCUUUAUCGACACAGAGCCCCGUCUUUCUUUUGUCAAGUCGAGAUGGCCGAAGGAGCACCAAGACAAGCUGGAACUGAUUGAUUACAAGAAGCUUUCUAGUGGUCUUACCAACAAGGAGACUGUUGUGUCGAAACUUAAGGAGCUGUGCGGAGGACGGGGCCCCGACGCCGGAAUUGAGUGCGUUGCCGGCGAGUAUCCCAAGGGAUGGAUUCACACCAUUGAGAUGGCCAUCGGUGCUGAGACAGACACGAGUGAGAUUGUCAACGAGAUGAUUGAGGGCGUGCGCAACUUUGGCCGCUGCGGUAUCACGGGCGUUUACGUCGGGUACACGAACCACUUCAACAUCGGUUCCUUGAUGGAGCGUGGUAUCCGCUUGAUUGGCAACGGACAGGCCCCUGUUCAUUUGUACUGGGGAGACUUGCUUAAGAAGAUCCAGAGCGGCGAGCUCGAUGUCUAUCAGAUGCUCUCGCACCGCGUUCGGCUUGAGGACCUCGACAAGGUCUACUACAAGUUUGAGAAGCACGAGGACGGUAUCCAGAAGAUUUUCGUCGAGACCAAGUUCUCUCUACCAAGGGCCGAGGGUUCUCCUGAGCUUACGAAGUAUUAA